AUGGUUAAAGCAGAUAUAAAUUAUCGAUAGUCGAAAUAAUUAUAUUAUAUUAUCGAUCCAUCUCGAACACGUAGUACUAGAUGUUCUUUCAAUCUCGAUAUUUGAAAUUCAAUUUCGAAUUAUAAGCAAUUUUCUUAAUAUUGAUGUGUAUAAUACUUGUUGUGAAUUAAUCAAAUAAGAUAAAGAAAUAUUUAUGUAUUACGUUUAUUGAAUGCACACCAUUGAUUGAUUAAUCAAUACACAUUACCAGGGUUACAGAAAUUCAGAAAUUUAUUUACAAAUGGUUGACACUUUAAAACGACCAAAGACCAUUUAACUGAAGCGAUUAAAAAUGUCAUUGAGUACAGAAUAUAUAAUUGCACCAUGGGAAGCCGAGGCUUACGUACAGAGUUUAGAAAUAUCGGAUUUGCAAGAUAUCUGCACAAAAAAGUAGAAAACUUUUAUCACUCAUGGUUCGAAUUCCACAAAAGAUUGAUCUUGCUAAAUCAGCAAAGUGUUCUUGAAAUCAGUGACUUUCGAGAGGAAAGUAUCAAAGAGUGGUUUGUUUGUUUGAAAAAAAUACCAAUUUUAAUAUACGAAGUUAUUCAAAUUGAUAUAUGGAAACACAAAAUAUUUCCCCUUUUAAUCGAUAUAAAUAAUGAGCCGGAAAAUACGUUUAUGUUAUUUAGCAUAUUCUAUCACGAGGACGUAGCAGCUUCAUUGUUAGAAAAUGUCUUAUUUCAUUGCGAAAGCGCAAUUACAAUGGACGAUUCUGUUCUCGAUCUUAUCGAUUAUGCAGUUAAAUCUGUGACUGUUCUUCUCAAUAGAAAUGAUAUUGAAAUAUAUGAAAAUUUAAAAGAUCCCAGUUGUUGCUUAGAAGAAAUAUUAGAAAAGAAGAAAGAACUUGAAUUCGAUAUUGGAAUGAGAUGUAUCUCGAUUCUACGAUAUUUAGCUGAAUUUUUAGAUAGUCUACCACUUUGCGCAAUUUCCCGAAUGUUAUCUGUACACGAUAUUCCGUAUUUACUUGUUCAACUAAUCGAAAAUCAUCCCUGGUCAAAGAAUGAUGCAGAAGGAAAUGUUAUGUUAUACGACGGUAAAUGGAACAAAGUUAAAGACAACGAAGAAGGAAAAAUUUCAAAAAUAGAAGCACAAAUAUGGUUCGGUUUGCGAGAAUUACUUCUUAAUCCAAAAUGCGGCCCAUACUACGAAAUUACUGAACACAGACUAACACAUUUAUUAAAGUUACAGAAAUACUUGCACGAAAUCGUAUUAGAUCAAAUUGCACCUUUGAUUGAUCUUAAAAGAUGGUUAAGUUACUUAAGCAUGUCAGCAACUUCAUCAGCAACAUCCCGUCCUGUCUAUGUUGAAGUAAUUCCUCAGAUAAAACCAAUGAUUUUGGAAAAAUAUCAUAAAAAAUGGAAAAAAUUGGCCAAACAUCAAGCAAAGUCUAUAUUUACUAAGGACACUGACUAUAUUAAAAGUUCUGCACAAAUUUUAAGCGAUGCCUAUGACUUGGAUAAAUUGGAUUGCAUAGAUAUUAAAAAAUGUUUUUUGUGUCAAGAACAAGCUAAAAAGCGUUGUUCCAAAUGCAAGGAGGCGUGGUAUUGUGGACGAGAAUGCCAAGUAAAAGAUUGGACCAAUCAUAAAGAUAUUUGUGAGAAAAUAACAAAUAGCAGAAGUGAUAAUCCAAAUUGAGAAUAAAAAAGUCAAAUCUGAUAUAAAUAAAUAAUCGAUACUUAUAAAGG